AUGAGAGUGAUCAGCUUUGUCAUUGCCGUCUUGCCCACUGUGGCAGCAUUCACAGCCCCACAUGCCCCACAGCAGACUCCCCGUUUCGAUUUGUUCGCAUUGAAUGCCGAAACCAACGGAGCCAGCACAGCUGAAAAGAAGAAGGUUAUCGUUUUGGGAGGUGAUGGCUUUUGUGGAUGGCCAACAUCGUUGUACUUGAGUGACCAAGGACACGAUGUUGUUAUUGUCGACAACCUUUCCCGAAGAAAGAUUGACCUCGAUCUUGGAUGCGACUCUUUGACUCCCAUUAGCAGCAUGGAGACCCGUGUUGAUGCGUGGAAGGAGGUCAGCGGCAAGGAAAUGAAAUUCAUCAACUUGGAUGUUGCCAAGGAUUACGACCUGUUGGUCCAACUUAUCAAGGAAGAACAGCCAGACUCCAUUGUUCACUUUGCGGAACAACGUGCUGCCCCUUACUCCAUGAAGGACUCCAAGGGAAAGAGAUACACUGUCGACAAUAACGUUUCUGGAUCCAACAACUUGUGCUGUGCCGUAAUUGAUGCCGACUUGGAUGUCCACAUUGUUCACUUGGGAACCAUGGGUGUCUACGGAUACGGAACUUCUGGAGGCGAAAUCCCUGAAGGAUACAUUGAUGUCACCCUUCCAGGAGGACGCGAAUCCAACAUCUUGCACCCCGCCUACCCUGGAUCUGUCUACCACGCCACCAAGUGUCUUGAUGCUAUCUUGUGGCAAUUCUACCAAAAGAACGAUCAACUCCGAAUUACUGACUUGCAUCAAGGUAUUGUCUGGGGAACCAACACUCCUCAAACCAUCUUGGACGAACGUCUUGUCAACCGAUUCGACUACGACGGAGAUUACGGAACUGUCUUGAACCGAUUCCUCAUGCAAGGAGCCAUGGGGGUUCCAUUGACUGUUUACGGAACUGGAGGUCAAACUCGUGCCUUCAUCCACAUCACCGAUACCGCCCGAUGCAUUGAGAUUGCCAUCAACAACCCCCCCGAAAAGGGAGAACGUGUCGAGAUCUUCAACCAAAUCGCCGAAACACGCAUCACCAACGAACAAGCUUCGCAGAUACGAGAGUCUUCCGUGUUCUUUGACAAUUGCUUUCGUCAUGGUACCAUCGAGGCGUCUGAAGCAGUGAUACGGAAACCAGACUGGUCUUUGGGCAUUGCUCGUCAUCUUAUUGAGGUCUUGACGAAACAACAAACAACAGUUUCUAACUUGGAGAUCUUUCAGGAGUUAAUGGAGGCGGCUGAUCAGGCUUGUCUGGACUUGAGGCUGUGCAGCAUGGUCAACUACACCGAUCCUUCGCUUUCCGUUGAUUCAAAGGCCAAGUUUCUGGAUCUUGUGGAUGGGGAAAAGCACUGCUUUACUUUUCGUGCCAAUGUGAAGAGUCACGAGUGGCUUCAGCUGUUGGAGGAGGAUGUUCUACUGUACAGAAGCGAAACAAACUAUGCCGUUCGUUUGUAUCGGGAUGCAGCUCCUUCCAGAGAACCGGUAUCCCCAAGGAGCGCAGCUGCUCGACGGAAUCUAGAUGAAAGAAUUUCUGACUUUCAGGUACAUGCUCACCGAACGAUCGAAGUUUUGACAACAAUUGAGAAUGUCAUCAGUCAGGCAAUGCGAAGAAACUGCACCUCCAUGCCAACGCCGGUGGAAGAAGCCAGUGUUUACUUUGAAGUAUCAGAACCCUUAUCCAAAGAAUACCAUGACUUGAUUGAUCGGCUAGGAGGAGGCGAAGCAUGCAUCCGAACUUGUGCAGAUGCAUCAGAAUCAAAGAAUACAGAAGGAUAUACAAUCAGAGGAUCCUUUGAUGUCUUGCUACGUGCCAUACAACCAAUACUCAAAUCCAAGGAAGGAGAAUUGGAUACGACUACACCGUGUUCACUGAGAAUUGAUUAUCCAACACCAGAUACUCUUGGACGAUUCAUCAAUGCCUGUCACGAAGCAAAGGAUUAUCCCAACACGAUUGGGAUGGAUGCGGCGAUGGGUAGAUAUUUCUGCCGCAAAUCAGUUCGAGACAUUGAACUUAUGUUGUCCUUCUUGGCCGACUUUUCCACAACAUCCACUGUCAAAAAGGGAUUUACAGUGUUUGAAUAUUCCAGCGAAGACAAGCCGUUCUAA